GAGCCGUCAUUUCCGCUAGGCUGCGCGUUAUACAGAUGGAGUGAAGAAUGGGGAAGCACUGUGUAAGAUACAAAGAGAGAGAGAGAGAGAGAGUGACAGAAAAAGAGAGAGAGAGGAGCUGGCAGCGUAGGUAGACGCUUUAAGAGGCGCUUGUGAACAUCAUUGCUGGAACCGCCGCCUCGGGAGCGCGCGCACCCCGACCGCACAUAGCAAUCUCAGAUUCUAUUAAUUCCUGCUGCUAUCUGAAAGGGAUGGGAACCUGCAAUUUUGAGAUUGGACUACGGGUUUGAGUGUCCUUCUUAAUACCCCAGCACAAAAAAAAAGAAAAAAAAUCAACAAUCGAAAAGAACUAGCGAAUCGUAUUUGUGGAGCUACUGUGCAAGAAUGCGCUAAAUUCCGAGAGAAAAGAGUGAGCGCGGGUACGCGCGGGUGAGAGACGCACACAUCUGUGACAGUCGAGCUCCUCAAAAGCCAUGCCGAGAGACUGACAGCACCCAAUCCACUCCGCUAAUUACACGGCGCUCCACCCUCGGAAGGGAAUACAUCGUUUUGAAACUCGGCACCGGCGACUGCUUAUUUGUAUUUUUUGAAGGGAAAGGGGUGGGGAAAUUAUACAUUUUAUAUUUAUACAUGAAUUUGUUUUUUAAAUAAUCAAGGAGCUACAUUAAUACAACGGGAGCUGGCGUUUUAAGUCCAUUUCCCGGAGUACGUAUAUUUUUUGAAAGUGCAAAACUUUUUCCAUGGCUUUGAUUAUGGAACCUGUUAGCAAAUGGACUCCGAGCCAAGUAGUUGACUGGAUGAAAGGGCUGGAUGACUGCCUUCAACAGUACAUUAAAAACUUUGAGAAAGAGAAGAUCAGUGGGGAUCAGCUUCUUCGCAUCACACACCAGGAACUAGAAGAUCUUGGAGUGUCUCGUAUAGGUCAUCAAGAGCUUAUACUAGAAGCAGUUGAUCUUUUAUGUGCACUGAAUUAUGGUCUGGAAACUGAAAACCUUAAAACACUUUCACAUAAGCUGAAUGCUUCUGCAAAAAAUCUUCAGAACUUCAUAACUGGAAGAAGAAGAAGUGGUCAUUAUGAUGGCAGGACUACAAGGAAACUACCAAAUGACUUCUUAACAUCUGUCGUUGACCUUAUUGGAGCUGCAAAGAGCCUUUUGGCCUGGUUGGAUAGGGCUUUUCUGAGGAUAAGUAAAAGAUCACCUUUUGCUGCUGUAACAGAUUACUCUGUAACAAGGAACAAUGUGAUCCAGUUGUGUUUGGAACUGACCACCAUUGUACAACAGGAUUGCACUGUAUAUGAGACAGAAAACAAGAUUCUUCAUGUGUGUAAAACUCUCUCAGGAGUCUGCGAUCAUAUCAUCUCAUUGUCAUCUGAUCCACUGGUCUCUCAGUCUGCCCACCUUGAAGUGGUACAGUUAACUAACAUCAAACCCAGCGAGGGACUGGGAAUGUAUAUCAAAUCAACCUAUGAUGGUCUCCAUGUAAUCACUGGAACUACUGAAGGAUCUCCUGCAGAUCGCUGUAAGAAAAUCCAUGCAGGGGAUGAAGUAAUCCAAGUCAAUCAUCAAACAGUGGUGGGGUGGCAGUUGAAAAACUUGGUUAAUGCACUACGUGAAGAUCCCAGUGGUGUGAUCUUGACUUUGAAAAAGAGACCUCAAAGCAUGCUAACAUCAGCUCCUGCUUUACUAAAGAACAUGAGAUGGAAGCCUCUUGCAUUGCAGCCAAUUAUUCCUAAAAGCCCUACAAGUAGUGUGGCUACUCCCUCAAGUACAAUCAGCACGCCUUCUAAGCGAGAGACUUCUGCACUUCAAGAUCUUUACAUCCCACCACCUCCUUCUGAGCCUUAUACUCCCAGAGAUGAAAAGGGCAAUCUCCCGAGUGAGGAUCUCACCCGACACAAUGCUGGAAUCCCAGUGGCAAAAGGUUCUGAGUCUCCCAACUCAUUCCUUGACCAGGAGUACAGGAAGAGGUUUACCAUGGUAGAGGAAGAUACAAUGCUCUAUUGUUACGAGUAUGAAAAAGGCAGAGCUGGAGGGUCCACUAGAAGGGAGAGCACACCGACAUAUGGCAGACUGAGACCUAUUUCUAUGCCAGUGGAAUAUAAUUGGGUUGGCGAUUAUGAAGAUCCUUCUAAGCCUAAAAGAGAAGGAAGACGAGAAGACUCUUUGCUGCGGUAUGUGAGUGAUGAUAAAAUCCCUCAGGACGAGUAUCUGACACAGAGAAGCAGCAAACGAGAUACAGGCAAAAGAUCCAAAAAGAAAGGGGAUAAGGGAGGAAGUCCCAGCCAUUACUUGUUACCUGGACUACAAAUGGAAAUAAUGCGACAAGAAUCUUUAAACACCCCAAUUCCAGAUACAGCCUUGUACCAUACAUUUCAACAGUCAUCUUUGCAUCAAAAGUCUAAAAAGAAAAGCAGAGGCGCAGCAACAGCAAUGAGUAAGAGGCGGAUUUCUUGUAAAGACCUCGGUCGUGGGGACUGUGAGGGAUGGCUUUGGAAGAAGAAAGAUGCAAAGAGUUAUUUUUCUCAGAAAUGGAAAAAGUAUUGGUUUGUUCUAAAAGAUACCUCACUUUAUUGGUACAUGAAUGAAGAAGAUGAAAAAGCUGAAGGAUUUAUAUGCCUGCCAGAGUUUAAGAUCGACAGGGCAAAUGAAUGCCGAAAGAAAUAUGCAUUCAAGGCCUGUCAUCCAAAGAUUAAAAGUUUCUACUUUGCAGCUGAUGGUGUUGAUGAUAUGAAUAGAUGGUUAAGUAGACUGAAUAUGGCAGCUGCAGGCUAUGCAGAAAGAGAAAGGAUAAAACAAGAUCAAGACUACUGGAGUGAAAGUGAACAUGAAGAAACCGAUGCACCUUCAACACCAAAACAGGACAGUCCACCCCCUCCCUAUGACACAUAUCCUCGCCCCCCUUCAAUGAAUUGUGCCAGUCCAUACCUUGAGCCAAAGCAUGGGCGUUUGUCGUCCACGGAGACAUCACAGUCCCAUUCAUCUCAUGAAGAGUUCAGACAAGAGCAGACUGACCGGAGCAGCACUGAAUCACCUAUUCGCAAGUCAGCCAGCCAGCGGCGAUCCUGGCAGGAUCUGAUUGAGACCCCACUCACAAGUUCUGGUUUGCACUAUCUGCAAACGCUGCCUCUGGAAGACUCUGUGUUCUGUGAAACAACUGGAGUGAUCUCUCCUGAGCAUCGAAGACAGUCUACACUUCCUAUCCAGCGUAGCCUUUUGCAGGAUCGCUAUGGACUUUUCCCUCUGGCUGAGGGGGAAAGACUACAAGCUCUGGGCAGUAAUGGGGGAAAACCCCGUAGCUUCACACUGCCACGUGAUGGGGGCUUCAGCCAUGGCUGCCUAACCCCCUCUGUCAGUGCCUCUGAACACAAGGAGCCUGCUCAGAAAGAGAGCAAUAAGCAGGAACCCCAGGGUUCAGGUGAUGAAGAAGAUCUGCCUACUGACUCCCUCCAAGAUCUGUACAGAGCCUUAGAGCGGGCAAGCUUGUCACCUAUGGGUGAGCAGCGACUUUCUACCAAAAUGGAAUACAAGAAGUCCUUUGUCAAAAGGUGCAAUGACCCUGUGAUCAAUGAAAGGCUACAUCGACUUCGAAUUCUGAAAAGCACUUUAAAGUGGACAUGGAGAGCAACUGCAGUAACUGGUGCAUCUGGACUGGCAUCUCAGCAGCAAUGGAUGGGUAUCCCUUACCCCACUGGGAAGCCAGCAUAUCAAAUGGACAACCUGGAUGGUUAGCAGUCCCUUUCCUUGUCAGGAGGCCAGAAAUGUGAGGAGACUGCCUCCUAUGCAUGGAUUGCCCCCACAACCCCCGCCCCCCAGGGUGGCAGCAUCCCUUGUGAAAAGCUCCUCUAUGGAGACUCACAGGGCAGCAUGGGAGUGGGAAGCUAUAGAGUAAAAGAAGACUGCUUAAGGUAUUCUGGUAAAUAAAAGCAAUUGAAUUGAACCAGGGACUGUGUGUGGCCUAGUUAUACCAGGUGUUUGGGGCUCAGUGAUGCACACCACAGGCCACAGGAUAUUUCAGACUAAAACAUUCCACCAACAAGUCACCAUUCUAGACCAAAACAGGAAAAACACUAUCUAUCUA